AUGACCAAAGACGAACUGGAUUUUAUUAUAAGUGAAAAACAAAUUUGGCGUUGCCCACCGUGUGCUGCAUCAAGAAGAUCAAGUAUGCAGGCUGUGAGUGAUGCUGAAAAAGGUAAGGCCAGUAUCUCACAGGUUAUAUUCAUGUUAGAGGAAGCAAAGAAUGAUCGUAAACGUAUGGAGAAGGAAAUGAACACUUCGUUUGAAUUUUUACAUAAUCUGGUUAAGGAACAAAAAGAAACGUUGGAUAAACAGGCUAUGAAAAUGAGUGAAUAUAUUGCAGUUAUUGAAGAACUCAAACAGGAAAAAGUUAAUUUGUCAAAGAAGGUGAAAGAUUUGGAACUUAAGCUGGACGAGAGCGAGCAAUACUCUAGAUCUAAUAACAUAGAGAUUCAUGGUGUUCCGGAACAAGGAAACGAAGAUUUGUAUGAGACAGUCGCGGGUGUUUCGGCAGCUCUAGGUCACAAAGUGAGUAGGGAAGCCAUAGACGUGUGUCAUCGGCUGGGUAAGAGGAGUGAUAACGCUGGUCCAGCAAUAAUAAUUGCGCGAUUCGUGAGGCGAGAAGAUAAACUGAAAAUAUUGGAAAAAAGGAGAGUCAAACGUGAUUUCAGUACUAAUGACAUUGGUCUCUCUUGUGCUACUGCUCCUGUUUACAUCAAUGAAAACCUCUGCUAUGGACGCCGAAAAGUUUUUGCAGCUGCCCGACUAGCGAAGAAAGAAAAGAACUAUGCGUACUUAUGGAUACGUAACGGGAAAAUCCUAAUGCGGAAGGAGUCAUCAUCCCCUGUACGUGAAAUUCUAUCUAUGGAAGACGUUGCCAAACUGUGA